UUUCAGAUAAUGUGCGGAUACAAAAUGAGCGCCGACGGCCUGCCAUUAGCGAGGCAGGAGCGCGGAGCCCGAGACUACGAGGACAUCCUCGCCGGACACGACUUCCUCUCAGUAUUUCUUCGAUCCUACGCAAGAAGAGAAACCAGCACAGAGCCUGAAAGACCCUCAACCUCCGUCAACGAUGCCAUCAUAACCGAACCCUACAUGCGGGCCACCAGAAAGGCCGACUCUUACUUCGAACAAGUGCCAAUAACCACCGAACAGCAAACCAAUAACUUAAACACCAGUGACUCUAACUCUAGUGACGAUGUGAUAAUAGCCGUACACGUGUCUCAGUCGGUAGGACAAAGUACUUUAAGAGUACCGGUUACGGAGAAUAAUUUACGUGAACUUACAACCACUCAAAAGGUCGAAGAAAUCUUUCUUUCCGAAGAGCAUCCUAAUAUAGUAGCGAAAUCUAGUAAAAGUGAAUUAAAUAUAGAAGAACCUGAACCGAUUACUACAGAUAAUAAAGAAAAUGAUUUUAAAUCGUCCGACAACUUUCAGGCUUCAGUUCAAAGUCUCCCUCAAUCUCAACACCCUCCUUUCGAACAACCUAGUUAUAUUAAUAAGCAGAAUAGCGAAAAUGUGGCACCGUUCCAUCAUAGUUUUAUCUAUCACGAUGAUCCUAAAGAGCCCGGAAGAGCCAGAUCAGUGUCCUACAGUACGAUAAUUCAAGCAAUUCCACACUCGAACAACCAAGAAAUCCACGAAAGAAAAGAAAGAAAUUAUGACACAGGAAUAGGAUACAGAAAUAGCUUUGAUACGCCAGAUUCUAAAAAAGAUUUACCUAAAACUCACACGAAUAAUAUUCCGACAAGCACCAGUACUAUACAGAGCACUACUUCUUGGGAAAUACCUCUUAGACCCACACAGAGCAGUGCCUCGUCAGAUUUAAAUUCUAAAAAAUCUUACCAUACUGUUACUCCAAAACCACCACGUGUGUAUGGUAGACCCGAGCAAAACUAUGAAGUUGACGAAGCCGUUAGUGUAGUUACUAAUGGAAGAGCUCACGGAAUCCAAGAUGAUCAGCUGCUUUCGAAGAAGAAAACUGAAGAUGACAAAGACCAAAAGUUCGGGUACGUUGUUGAAGGGAGGAACUACCGAAAAUACAGAGUUGAAGAACGAACACCUGACGGUUUUAUAGUGGGAGAAUACGGAGUUGUUAGUCAUGACGAUGGUUCUCUACGAGGCGUUCGAUAUACAGCUGACGGUACCAUCAACCCGCGACUUAUUUAUGACGCUUUAAUGAAGUUCUUAUCGUUAUGAAACCGUUCGAAUAGUCAAUUUUUCGGAGAGUUUGUGCACUGAUUAAUUUUAGUUCCUCUUCAGCUCUAUUUUAAUUAACUCCGACAGUUAAUUAAAACUAGAGCGGGAAUAGCUCUGUCCUCUUUUGGCGUAGAGACAAUAAUAUGAACUUUAAUUUGAAAAUAUUGUUUCCGCUAAAAGAGCCAGUAUUUAUUGAUUGUCUGUAAUUUAGUCUUUGUAUUUCAUACUCGUGUAUUAUAUAUAAAGUGGUAUUUAAUGUAUUUUCUGAUUGAUAAAUUGCUCAUUAUCUGUAAUUGAAUAUUGCUCGCUAGAUAGUAAUUCAGAUCUUUUGUACUUAUUUAAUU